AUGAGGUUCAUAACAUGGCAACGCCAACUCAUAGGCCUUCCUAAUGAUUUAAGCGUCUACUGGCAGCAGUACCCUUGGCCGUUCGGGGAGAGCUUGUGCAAAAUAAGAGCUCUUGCUUCGGAAAUGUCGUCUUACACAUCGGUACUGACCAUAGUGGCCUUUACGAUGGAGCGAUAUAUAGCCAUUUGCCAUCCUCUGUACUCGUACACCAUGUCCAGCUUGGCAAGAGUCCUCAAGAUCAUUGUAGCAGCUUGGCUGGUGUCUCUUAUGUGCGCUCUGCCCUUCGCAGUCUUCACCACCGUCAACUAUAUCGAUUACCCUCCAUACUCGGGAAACAUACUCGAGGAAAGUGCUUUUUGUGCUAUGUUAGAAGCAAACAUACCUGAAUGGUUGCCGAUAUAUGAGCUGAGUACUCUGAUGUUUCUUAUCAUUCCAAUAAUAAUUAUAGUGAUCCUGUAUACUAAAAUUGCUAUAAAACUGAGGGAAAGGAACGACUACUCACUUGGCACUAGGGUGGGAGGAUCAGUGCAUUCAAGAAAGAGACAUUCGAAGUCGACGAAGCCUAUAAUUCGGAUGCUAGUUGCCGUUGUGAGUAUGUUCUUCAUCUGCUGGGCCCCUUUCCACGCUCAAAGACUGAUAUAUCUCUAUGGCAAAUCUUGGCCCAACUACGUCACACUGAAUGAAUGGAUGUACUAUAUCACUGGAGCCCUGUAUUUUUUUUCUUCAACGGUCAAUCCAAUAUUGUACAAUCUGAUGUCAGUAAAAUACAGAAAGGCCUUUAAACAGACACUUUUCGGGGGGCAAAAUGUGAAUAAAAGGGGUCAUCAAAGCAGCUUCCGAGAAUCAUCUCAAGGAGCAGCGGAAAUUUCUGAGGAUACUCAGAAAAAUACCAAUAAAUGCACUCCAUGUGAAAAGGUUAAAAGUGAUACUAUUGUGAGGGUUAACAAUAGCAAUGUAACCAAUGGAAAUUGCGUUUUGACAGUAAAAACCGGAUUUUUUCCUAAGAAUCUCUUUAUUCUCCCACCAAAUCCUCUCGCUAAUAAAGAACAGGGGAUAAAUCCUCAGAAAGUAGGAACACCGCCAUUAUUUAUUUCCAAUUGCAACACUGCAAAAGAAACUUAUAUAUAAAUUAUUGCGAUGCCAAUUAAGAAAUCCUACUUUAUAUCAUUUAUACAGUUUAUUAUUCAACGCUGGAAAAAUAUUAGAUACAAAGCAUAAAUAAAAUUGGCAAGUUGUUAGGGGAGUAAUUCAUCAAAAGCAAUGAAGGUUAUACGAUUGCUUCCUAUCUAUCAAUUUCAGAAAUUUAUAAUAGACCAAGUUUAAUCUGUAUUCCUAUUAUAUUGUAAACAAAAAAAUAUAUACAUAAAUAUUGCUGUGAAACUGUAAUUAAGCCUCUGUUAUUUAUUUCAAAGGUUAAUUUAUUAUUAAACGCAAUGUAACUACUAGACUUAAUUUGAACACUUAAUUACUGAUAUUGAUAUUUCUGAUAUAAAUAUUGCUAUAUAUUUUUUUUGUUUUAUUUUUUAGACUCAAAAAUGAGUAAAUGUAAACUCAUGUUAGAAUGUAUAUAGUGUAAGUAAGAUGUAAUUAUUUUUUUUGUAAAUAUACUCAUUCUGAUAUUUGAUUUCAUAAAAUAUUUAAACCAGAACAAAAUAGAAUCACCUUUCUCAUACAAUUAUAAUCCUUAAAUAUCUGGUAAUGUCUUGAUAUGUUGAUCAAGUUGUUGACUAAUUAGCGUUUUAAUAACAAAAUAAAUAAUAAAU